AUGGGUUCUCGACAAACCAGAAUAGCAUUCCCCAUCAAAUGCUUGAACCUUUUCCACUCUAAAAACUCUCUUUUUCACUUGUUUAUCUUCUUGAUAUGCUUGCCAAUCGGCUUUGUUUGCGCUCUCUACCUUCAAAAUUUCUCUGCCGCCGUCCAAAUCUCUAUUUUUAGUGUUUUCCAUUCAAUAUCAUUACCACCACCACCGCCGCCGCCGCUAGCGCAUGCAAAUACUCUUUCUUCAUUUCCAUCACCACCUCCAUUGUUGUCGGAAUCUAUUUCUUCGGCCACACCGCCAUCAUUACUUCCACCUAGGGUUUCAAUAACAGAUAAAAUACCCAUGAUGCACAAUAUGAGUGAUGAAGAUUUGAUAAAGAGUGCGAUAGAAAGUUCGAGGAUGAACACCACAAAUACUAGUCCUUAUAAGGUAGCAUUUAUGUUCUUGACACCAGGACGAUUGCCACUUGCACCAUUGUGGGAGCUGUUCUUUAAAGGGCAUGAAGGUCUUUACUCCAUCUACGUCCACCCUCAUCCAUCUUACAAUGACACCAUCCCUCAAGACUCCGUCUUCUAUGGCACAAGAAUUACGAGCCAGCCUGUGUAUUGGGGGGAUAUUUCAAUGAUAGAUGCUGAGAGAAGAUUGCUAGCAAACGCGCUCCUUGAUCCCUCAAAUCAAAGAUUUGUGUUACUAUCCGACUCAUGCAUUCCAUUGUUUAACUUCACCAUGACUUAUAGAUAUCUUGUUAACUCAAACAUAAGCCACGUAGCCUCUAUUGAUGACGAAAGAAAAUCAGGCCGUGGUCGCUACAAUCCACAAAUGUCACCCAACAUCACCAUUCAAGAUUGGCGUAAAGGGUCUCAAUGGUUUGAAGUUAAUCGCGAGCUUGCUCUUGGUAUUGUUGCCGAUCAAAACUACUAUGGUCUUUUCAAAGAAUAUUGUCAUCGGCCGUGUUACAACGAUGAACAUUAUUUACCAACCAUGGUGAACAUUUUAUAUGGAGGGUUAAACUCAAACCGAAGUAUUACACAUGUUGAUUGGUCGAUAGUGGCCCCACAUCCACGAAAAUAUGCAGGUAGUGAGAUCACAAAAGAGUUGUUGAACUCGAUUCGAUUUGGUUCUACUGGAUGUCUUUAUAAUGAUAACACGACACCUAUGUGUGUGUUAUUUGCAAGGAAGUUUUCACCGGGUACUUUGAAUCCGUUGUUAACGUUUGCUCCUUUGUUGUUUGGUACUAGUAAUUAAAACCGAUUUGCAA